AUGUCCUCGACAGCCGAGCUCGUGCGCCUCCAGGACUCCGUUCGGCAUCUCCUGCAGGACGUCUGGGAGUUCGCGGGCGGCCUGGGGGCCGGCAGGGCGGACCACGGCGCCAGCGCAUGGCUGGUGGACGGGCAGUGGAGGCAUUUUAGGGAUGAAUGCGCGCGGCUGGCCGAGCGGAGCGACAGGGGGGGCUUGUCGGUGGCCGUGGUGGGGACGCCCAAGUCGGGGAAGACCACCUUUGUGAAUGCUCUUCUGGGGUCUUCCUGUCUUCCCACAAACGGUGUACUGGAGGCGCCUGGCUUCUGCAUCGUCCACCACAUCCUGCGUCCUGCGACCAACGGCUGUGACAACAACAAAUUCAAGCUGUUAGAAUCUUCUGGUUUAACAUCAGUAGGCUCUCAAGCUGUUCGACAGCGCCUUCAGGAGCUGCUGGAGAAACGAAGACAUUGUGAGAAUGUUUGGAAUAUGGAACGACCACUCGAAAUUUAUGCACCUCUGCAAUGUCUAGCCAAGGAUGAAGCACUGGUGCAGCUGUCGCUGAUUGACAUGCCCAGCUUGCAAGAAACCAAGACUAAGUUUCCUAUCCUCAAGGUCGAAAAAUGUCUUCAGGACGUUGAUGCUGUUGUCUAUGUGUUGAACUACACAAAGCUCAAGUCUCCUGAGGAGGCGCACUUGCUGCAGGCGAUCAGAAAGAUAAAUCCUUCUCUGAUGAAACGAGCGUGGCAACGCAUGUUCUUUGCUGUCAACAAAAUUGAUGCAGUGACCAUGGGGGAGGGGCUCAGUGAGACACAGACCAGGCACCAUGUGAAGACUCUUUUGUGGGAAGCUGGGGUCAGGGUACAACCAGAGCAGAUCUUGCUGAUAUCUGCAAACAAUGCGCUUCUCUCCCGGCUGGUGUUGGACACCAACGCUAACCAAGAGAUGCGAACCAAAUUCGGGCACCUCGUCUUUGGGCCACAGUAUGGCAUAAAGAUCGCCCAGGAUGAAUGGCGUACAUGUGCUGAACGCAUGUUGGAGGACAGUGGCAUUCAGCAGGUCGAAGAGCAAGUUUUUGGUUUCCUGCACUCCCACUCCAGUUUGGUGAGCCUGUUGUCGCUCUUGGACGAUGUGACGAGACUGUUGCAGGAAGUUGGGAAUGUGGUAGCAUCGUACAAAGCAUCCUUGUCGUGCACCCUUGACGACCUCACAAUGUACAUGGAGAGGCUGAAGGCACAGCUAGACACCACGAUAAUGGAGUUUGAUGCUGCCAAAAUUGGACUGCAAAAGAUCGAGGAUGAUGUCACUUCAAUGGUUCAGCAAUCCCUUCAGAAGUUGAAGAGAGACCUGUUGCAGGGGAUUCGUCAUGCAUUUUCUGACAGUGAUGAGCGUCCCAUCCCAGACCCUGGCUGGCGUGUUGUCCAUGAGACUUUUGUUGACCUGAUGGCAAGACAGGAAGUCGAGCGCACUUGUUGCGAAGACCUGCUCAAGGAUCUGCAUGAAGGUGUGACUGCCCAGAUCCAGGCAGAAAUCGACAUCUCGUGGUCCAUGGUGUCCGAGUUAGCGCGAGAGCGGCACCAGGAGCUGCUGCUACACACCAACGAGCUCCUCGAUCGCCUGUCACAUCGGAUGGAGUCGCUCAUGGGCAGGGAAUUGGGCAUCCAUGUCAGCUGCCCAGACAUGACCUUUGAGCCUCCCUCCACUGCAGAAUUCCAUACCAGAUUGGACGAGCUGUUGCAACGGGGUGUGCAGGAGCACAACUUGCGGAGAAGUGUGCUGUAUUGGUACAUGGCAGGUGGAAGCUGCACUGUGUACGCCUUUGAUGCCAUUGCCAUACGAACCCACUUUGAGACGCUUAUUUGUGUAGCUGCAGAACAGUGUUUAAAGAAUGUUCGGGGUCCGCUACAGGACCACAUGUCCAGUCAUAUUCAAGGCGCCAAGGCCAGGCUGCAGGAACAUGGCGACCACUACGUUCAGGCUGUGCAGAGCACUUUAGAUGGGCAUGCUGCCCACAUCAGCAGCCAUGCUGGGGUCAAACAGACAAUUAUGGACGAUUUGAAGAGAGCAAAGCAUUUGCAUGGCAGGGCAGUGGAGAUGCUGCGAAGGGUGGAAGCCUGGUUGCAGCCAACAAGCCCUAUGAGUGGUAGACAGUCGACUGGAUGCUAUUCGGAACCUGAUUGCUUUGUGGAUGGGAGCGACGAGACCGAGAGUAUGUCUGGGAUGCUGGCCACCUCUAGCAAAAUGCAUAGGCGCACAGGCAGUGGUGGUAUGCUCAGUGGUAGGCAGGUUCCCCAGCACAGACGAUUCUCGCCACAGGAGGCUGUGGCGCAGAUGUUUGCUGCCACCAGCCCAAGCCCACCCAAUCCUCCACUGGACAGGUCAGAGUCUAUGCCCACAGGCAAUACGUCGGAUGUGCUGUGGGACUCCAACAUACAGGGUCUCAGUGCUCAAACAGGCGUUUGUACCAUGGGUGGUAACGAUAAAGAACGAAAUGGCAGUAGGAAUGGCGAUGACUUUGGCGUCAGGAAAACUGAAGGGCAACCAUCGAAUUGGCGAGCAAGUCAAGGAUCACAAUUUCGGCCCAAGUCUGACUUUUUCCGCAGCUAUGACAAAGCUCUGCAUGGGGGACGAGCAGCUGCUGGGCGAAAACCUAACAGUGGGCACCGGAGAACAAUUUCCUGGGCAUAG